AUGGGGCUGCCACUAGCCCGCCUGGCGGCCGUGUGCCUGGCCCUGUCUUUGGCAGGGGGCUCGGAGCUCCAGACAGAGGGCAGAACCCGAAACCACGGCCACAACGUCUGCAGCACCUGGGGCGACUUCCACUACAAGACCUUCGACGGGGACGUCUUCCGCUUCCCUGGCCUCUGUGACUACAACUUCGCCUCCGACUGCCGAGGCUCCUACAAGGAAUUUGCUGUGCACCUGAAGCGGGGCCCGGGCCGGGCUGAGGCCCCCGCCGGGGUGGAGUCCAUCCUACUGACCAUCAAGGAUGACACCAUCUACCUCACCCGCCACCUGGCUGUGCUGAACGGGGCCAUGGUCAGCACCCCGCACUACAGCCCCGGGCUGCUCAUUGAGAAGAGCGACGCCUACACCAAAGUCUACUCCCGUGCCGGCCUCACCCUCAUGUGGAACCGGGAGGAUGCACUCAUGCUGGAGCUGGACAGUAAGUUCCGGAACCACACCUGUGGCCUCUGCGGGGACUACAACGGCCUGCAGAGCUAUUCAGAAUUCCUCUCUGACGGCGUGCUCUUCAGUCCCCUGGAGUUUGGGAACAUGCAGAAGAUCAACCAGCCGGAUGUGGUGUGCGAGGAUCCCGAGGAGGAGGCGGUCCCCGCGUCCUGCUCUGAGCACCGCGCCGAGUGUGAGAGGCUGCUGACCGCCGAGGCCUUCGAGGACUGCCAGGACCUGGUGCCGCUGGAGCCGUAUCUGCGCGCCUGCCAGCAAGACCGCUGCCGGUGCCCGGGUGGUGACACCUGCAUCUGCAGCACCGUGGCUGAGUUCUCCCGCCAGUGCUCCCACGCCGGCGGCCGGCCCGGGAACUGGAGGACUGCCAUGCUCUGCCCCAAGACCUGCCCCGGGAACCUGGUGUACCUGGAGAGUGGCUCGCCCUGCAUGGACACCUGCUCACAUCUGGAGGUGAGCAGCCUGUGCGAGGAGCACCGCAUGGACGGCUGUUUCUGCCCGGAAGGCACCGUGUAUGAUGACAUCGGGGACAGUGGCUGCGUUCCCGUGAGCCAGUGCCACUGCAGGCUGCACGGACACCUGUACACACCAGGCCAAGAGAUCACCAAUGACUGCGAGCAGUGUGUCUGUAACGCUGGCCGCUGGGUGUGCAAAGACCUGCCCUGCCCUGGCACCUGCGCCCUGGAAGGCGGCUCCCACAUCACCACCUUCGAUGGGAAGACGUACACCUUCCACGGGGACUGCUACUAUGUCCUGGCCAAGGGUGACCACGAUUCCUACGCUCUCCUGGGCGAGCUGGCCCCCUGCGGCUCCACGGACAAGCAGACCUGCCUGAAGACGGUGGUGCUGCUGGCCGACAAGAAGAAGAAUGUGGUGGUCUUCAAGUCCGAUGGCAGUGUGCUGCUCAACGAGCUUCAGGUGAACCUGCCCCACGUGACCGCGAGCUUCUCUGUCUUCCGCCCGUCUUCCUACCACAUCGUCGUGAGCAUGGCCAUCGGCGUCCGGCUGCAGGUGCAGCUGGCCCCAGUCAUGCAACUCUUCGUGACGCUGGACCAGGCCUCUCAGGGGCAGGUGCAGGGCCUCUGUGGGAACUUCAACGGCCUGGAAGGUGACGACUUCAAGACGGCCAGCGGGCUGGUGGAGGCCACGGGGGCUGGCUUUGCCAACACCUGGAAGGCACAGUCAAGCUGCCAUGACAAGCUGGACUGGUUGGACGAUCCCUGCUCCCUGAACAUCGAGAGCGCCAACUACGCCGAGCACUGGUGCUCCCUCCUGAAGAAGACAGAGACCCCCUUUGGCAAGUGCCACUCGGCCGUGGACCCUGCUGAGUAUUACAAGAGGUGCAAAUAUGACACAUGUAACUGUCAGAACAACGAGGACUGCCUGUGCGCCGCCCUGUCCUCCUAUGCGCGCGCCUGCACUGCCAAGGGCGUCAUGCUGUGGGGCUGGCGGGAGCUUGUCUGCAACAAGGAUGUGGGCUCCUGCCCCAACUCGCAGGUCUUCCUGUAUAACCUGACCACCUGCCAGCAGACCUGCCGCUCCCUCUCCGAGGCCGACAGCCACUGUCUCGAGGGCUUUGCGCCUGUGGACGGCUGCGGUUGCCCUGACCACACCUUCCUGGACGAGAAGGGCCGCUGCGUGCCCCUGGCCAAGUGCUCCUGCUACCACCGAGGUCUCUACCUGGAGGCGGGGGACGUGGUCGUCAGGCAGGAAGAACGAUGUGUGUGCCGGGAUGGGCGGCUGCACUGUAGGCAGAUCCGGCUGCUCGGCCAGAGCUGCACGGCCCCAAAGAUCCACAUGGACUGCAGCAACCUGACCGCACUGGCCACCUCAAAGCCCCGAGCCCUCAGCUGCCAGACACUGGCUGCCGGCUAUUACCACACAGAGUGUGUCAGUGGCUGUGUGUGCCCCGAUGGGCUGAUGGAUGAUGGCCGGGGCGGCUGCGUGGUGGAGAAGGAAUGCCCUUGCGUCCAUAACAAUGACCUGUAUUCCUCCGGAGCCAAGAUCAAGGUGGACUGCAAUACCUGCACCUGCGAGAGAGGACGCUGGGUGUGCACCCAGGCUAUGUGCCACGGCACCUGCUCCAUUUACGGGAGUGGCCACUACAUCACCUUUGACGGGAAGUACUACGACUUUGACGGACACUGCUCCUACGUGGCUGUUCAGGACUACUGCGGCCAGAACUCCUCACUGGGCUCAUUCAGCAUCAUCACCGAGAACGUCCCCUGUGGCACCACGGGCGUCACCUGCUCCAAGGCCAUCAAGAUCUUCAUGGGGAGGACGGAGCUGAAGUUGGAAGACAAGCACCGUGUGGUGAUCCAGCGUGAUGAGGGUCACCACGUGGCUUACACCACGCGGGAGGUGGGCCAGUACCUGGUGGUGGAGUCCAGCACGGGCAUCGUCGUCAUCUGGGACAAGAGGACCACUGUGUUCAUCAAGCUGGCUCCCUCCUACAAGGGCACCGUGUGUGGCCUGUGUGGGAACUUUGACCACCGCUCCAACAAUGACUUCACCACGCGGGACCACAUGGUGGUGAGCAGCGAGCUGGACUUCGGGAACAGCUGGAAGGAGGCCCCCACCUGCCCGGAUGUGAGCACCAACCCCGAGCCCUGCAGCCUGAACCCGCACCGCCGCUCCUGGGCCGAGAAGCAGUGCAGCAUCCUCAAAAGCAGCGUGUUCGGCAUCUGCCACAGCAAGGUGGACCCCAAGCCCUUCUACGAGGCCUGCGUGCACGACUCGUGCUCCUGUGACACGGGUGGGGACUGUGAGUGCUUCUGCUCUGCCGUGGCCUCCUACGCCCAGGAGUGUACCAAAGAGGGGGCCUGCGUGUUCUGGAGGACGCCGGACCUGUGCCCCAUAUUUUGCGACUACUACAACCCUCCGCGUGAGUGUGAGUGGCACUACGAGCCGUGUGGGAACCGGAGCUUCGAGACCUGCAGGACCGUCAACGGCAUCCACUCCAACAUCUCCGUGUCCUACCUGGAGGGCUGCUACCCCCGGUGCCCCAAGGACAGGCCCAUCUAUGACGAGGACCUGAAGAAGUGUGUCACUGCAGACAAGUGUGGCUGCUACAUCGAGGACACCCACUACCCGCCUGGAGCGUCGGUCCCCACUGAGGAGAUCUGCAAGUCUUGCGUGUGCACCAACUCCUCCCAAGUCGUCUGCAGGCCGGAGGAAGGAAAGAUUAUCAACCAGACCCAGGAUGGCGCCUUCUGCUACUGGGAGAUCUGUGGCCCCAACGGGACGGUGGAGAAGCACUUCAACAUCUGUCUCACUACACCACGCCCAUCCAUCCAGACCACCUCCACCACCAUCCCCCUCCCCACCACCCCCACCACCUUCACCACCACCACCACCACCACCACCACCUCGACCCCCAGCACAGUUUCAUCAACAACUCCGAAGCUGUGCUGCCUCUGGUCUGACUGGAUCAAUGAGGAUCACCCCAGCAGUGGCAGCGACGGCGGCGACCGAGAAACAUUUGAUGGGGUCUGCGGGGCCCCUGAGGACAUAGAGUGCAGGUCGGUCAAGGAGCCCCACCUCAGCUUGGAGGAGCUAGGCCAGAAGGUGCAGUGCGACGUCUCUGUUGGGUUCAUUUGCAAGAAUGAAGACCAGUUUGGAAAUGGACCAUUUGGACUGUGUUAUGACUACAAGAUACGUGUCAAUUGUUGCCUGCCCGUGAAUUGUAUAACCAACCCUCCACCAACCACCACCCCCAGCCCUCCAAUAACCAACACAACCACCCCUCCACCAACCACCACCCCCAGCCCUCCAAUAACCACCACAACCACCCCUCCACCAACCACCACUCCCAGCCCUCCAAUAACCACCACAACCACCCCUUCACCAACCACCACUCCCAGCCCUCCAACCACCACCCCCAGCCCUCCAAUAACCACCACAACCACCCCUUCACCAACCACCACUCCCAGCCCUCCAACCACCACCCCCAGCCCUCCAAUAACCACCACAACCACCCCUUCACCAACCACCACUCCCAGCCCUCCAAUAACCACCACGACCACCCCUUCACCAACCACCACUCCCACCCUUCCACCAACCACCACUCCCAGCCCUCUAACAACUACUCCUCUCUCUCCAUCAAUAACUCCUCCUACAUUUUCACCAUUCUCAACGACAACCCCUACUAUCCCGUGCGUGCCUGUCUGCAAUUGGACUGGCUGGCUGGAUUCUGGAAAACCCAAUUUUAACAAACCAGGUGGAGAUACGGAAUUGAUUGGAGAUGUCUGUGGACCAGGCUGGGCAGCUAACAUAUCUUGCAGAGCCACCAUGUAUCCUGAUGUUCCCAUUGGACAGCUUGGACAAACAGUGGUGUGUGACGUCUCUGUGGGGCUGAUAUGCAAAAAUGAAGACCAAAAGCCAGGUGGGGUCAUCCCUAUGCCCUUCUGCCUCAACUACGAGAUCAACGUUCAGUGCUGUGAGUGUGUCACCCAACCCACCACCAUGACAACCACCACCACAGAGACCCCAACCACGACACCCAUCACCACCAGUACGAGUACAACCCCAACACCCAUCACCACCACCACUACGGUAACCCCAACACCCACCGGCACACAGAGUACAACCCCGACACCCAUCACCACCACCACUACGGUGACCCCAACCCCAACACCCACCGGCACAGAGACCACAACUCCAACGUCGACCACCACCACUACAGUGACCCCAACACCAACACCCACCACCACUACCACAGAGACUGAAACCCGGACACCCACCACGAUCACUACAGUCACCCAAACCCCAACAGCCACCAGCACACAGACCCCAACCCCAACAACUAUCACCACCACCACUACGGUGACCCCAACCCCAACACCCACCGGCACACAGACCCCAACCCCGACACCCAUCGCCACCACCACUACGGUAAUCCCAACACCCACCGGCACACAGACCCCAACCCCGACACCCAUCGCCACCACCACUACGGUAAUCCCAACACCCACCGGCACACAAACCCCAACCACGACACCCACCACCACCACUACGGUGACCCCAACCCCAACACCCACUGGCACACAGACCCCAACCCCGACACCCAUCGCCACCACCACUACGGUAACCCCAACACCCACCGGCACACAGACCCCAACCGCGACCCCCAUCACCACCACCACUACGGUAACCCCAACACCCACCGCCACCGGCACACAGACCCCAACCGCGACCCCCAUCACCACCACCACUACGGUAACCGCAACACCCACCGGCACACAGAGUACAACCCCAACACCCAUCACCACCACCACUAUGGUGACCCCAACCCCAACACCCACCAGCACACAGAGUACAACCCCGACACCCAUCACCACCACCACUACGGCAACCCCAACACCCACUGGCACACAGACCCCAACCCCGACACCCAUCACCACCACCACUAUGGUGACCCCAACCCCAACACCCACCGGCACACAGACCCCAACCACGACACCCAUCGCCACCACCACUACGGUAACCCCAACACCCACCGGCACACAGACCCCAACCGCGACCCCCAUCGCCACCACCACUACGGUAACCCCAACACCCACCGCCACCAGCUCACAGACCCCAAACCCAACACCUAUCACCACCACCACUAUGGUGACCCCAACCCCAACACCCACUGGCACACAGACCCCAACCCCGACAUCAUUCACCACCACCACUAUGGUGACCCCAACCCCAACAUCCACCGGCACACAGAGUACAACCCUGACACCCAUCACUGCCACCAGUACGGUGACCCCAACCCCAACACCCACUGGCACACAGACGCCAACCACGACACCCAUCACCACCACCACUACGGUGACCCCAACCCCAACACCCACCGGCACACAUACGCCAACCACGACACCCAUCACCACCACUACGGUGACCCCAACCCCAACACCCACCGGCACACAGACGCCAACCACCACACCCAUCACCACCACCACUACGGUGACCGCAACUCCAACACCCACCAGCACACAGAGUACAACCCUGACACCCAUCACCGCCACCAGUACAGUGACCCCAACCCCAACACCCACUGGCACACAGACGACAACCACGACACCCAUCACCACCACCACUACGGUGACCCCAACCCCAACACCCACUGGCACAGAGACCCCAAUCACGACACCCAUCACCACCACCACUACGGUGACCCGAUCCCCAACACCCACCGGCACACAGACCCCAACCACGACACCGAUCACCACCACCACUACGGUGACCGCAACUCCAACACCCACCAGCACACAGACCCCAACCACGACACCCAUCACCACCACUACGGUGACCCCCACCCCAACACCCACCGGCACACAGACCCCAACCCCGACACCAUUCACCACCACCAGUACGGUGACCCCAACCCCAACAACCACCGGAACACAGAGUACAACCCUGACACCCAUUACCGCCACCAGUACGGUGACCCCAACCCCAACACCCACCGGCACACAGACGCCAACCACGACACCCAUCACCACCACCACCACUACGGUGACCCCAACCCCAACACCCACCGGCACACAGACCCCAACCACGACACCCAUCACCACCACUACGGUGACCCCAACCCCAACACCCACCAGCACACAGACCCCAACCCCGACACCCAUCACCACCACCACUACGGUGACCCCAACACCCACCGGCACACAGAGUACAACCCCGACACCCAUCACCACCACCACUACGGUAACCCCAACACCCACUGGCACACAGACCCCAACCCCGACACCCAUCAACACCACCACUAUGGUGACCCCAACCCCAACACCCACCGGCACACAGAGUACAACCCCGACACCCAUCGCCACCACCACUACGGUAACCCCAACACCCACUGGCACACAGACCCCAACCCCGACACCCAUCAACACCACCACUAUGGUGACCCCAACCCCAACACCCACCGGCACACAGAGUACAACCCCGACACCCAUCGCCACCACCACUACGGUAACCCCAACCCCAACACCCACUGGCACACAGACCCCAACCCCGACACCCAUCACCACCACCACUACGGUGACCCCAACCCCAACACCCACCGGCACACAGACACCAACCACGACACCCAUCACCACUGUUACGGUGACUCCAACCCCAACACCCACCGGCACACAGACCCCAACCACGAUACCCAUCACCACCUCUACGGUGACCCCAACCCCAACACCCACCAGCACACAGAGUACAACUCCGACACCCGUCACCACCACCACUACGGUGACCCCAACCCCAACACCCACCGGAACACAGACCCCAACCACGACACCCACCACCACCACUACGGUGACCCCAACCCCAACACCCACCGGCACACAGACGCCAACCACGACACCCAUCACCAUCACCACCACAGUGACCCCAACACCAACACCCACCGGCACACAGACCCCAACCACGACACCCAUCACCACCACCUCUACAGUGACCCCAACACCAACACCCACCGGCACACAGACCCCAACCACGACACCCAUCACCACCACCACUACGGUGACCCCAACCCCAACACCCACUGGCACACAGACCCCAACUGCGACACCCAUCACCACCACCACUACGGUGACCCCAACCCCAACACCCACCGGCACACAGACCCCAACCCCGACACCCAUCGGCACCACCACUACGGUAAUCCCAACACCCACCGGCACACAGACCCCAACCCCGACACCCAUCGCCACCACCACUACGGUAACCCCAACACCCACUGGCACACAGACCCCAACCCCGACACCCAUCACCACCACCACUACGGUGACCCCAACCCCAACACCCACCGGCACACAGACCCCAACCGCGACCCCCAUCACCACCACCACUACGGUGACCCCAACCCCAACACCCACCGGCACACAGACGCCAACCCCGACAACCAUCGCCACCACCACUACGGUAACCCCAACACCCACCGGCACACAGACCCCAACCGUGACCCCCAUCACCACCACCACUAUGGUAACCCCAACACCCACCGGCACACAGAGUACAACCCCAACACCCAUCACCACCACCACUACGGUGACCCCAACCCCAACACCCACCAGCACACAGAGUACAACCCCGACACCCAUUGCCACCACCACUACAGUAACCCCAACACCCACUGGCACACAGACCCCAACUGCGACACCCAUCACCACCACCACUACGGUGACCCCAACCCCAACACCCACCGGCACACAGACCCCAACCCCGACACCCAUCGGCACCACCACUACGGUAAUCCCAACACCCACCGGCACACAGACCCCAACCCCGACACCCAUCGCCACCACCACUACGGUAACCCCAACACCCACUGGCACACAGACCCCAACCCCGACACCCAUCACCACCACCACUAUGGUGACCCCAACCCCAACACCCACCGGCACACAGACCCCAACCACGACCCCCAUCACCAUCACCACUAUGGUGACCCCAACCCCGACACCCACCGGCACACAGACGCCAACCCCGACACCCAUCACCACCACCACUACGGUGACCCCAACCCCAACACCUACCGGCACACAGACCCCAACCCCGACACCCAUCGGCACCACCACUACGGUAAUCCCAACACCCACCGGCACACAGACCCCAACCCCGACACCCAUCGCCACCACCACUACGGUAACCCCAACACCCACUGGCACACACACCCCAACCCCGACACCCAUCACCACCACCACUACGGUGACCCCAACCCCAACACCCACCGGCACACAGACCGCAACCGCGACCCCCAUCACCACCACCACUACGGUGACCCCAACCCCAACACCCACCGGCACACAGACGCCAACCCCGACACCCAUCACCACCACCACUACGGUAACCCCAACCCCAACACCCACUGGCACACAGACCCCAACUGCGACACCCAUCACCACCACCACUACGGUGACCCCAACCCCAACACCCACCGGCACACAGACCCCAACCCCGACACCCAUCGGCACCACCACUACGGUAAUCCCAACACCCACCGGCACACAGACCCCAACCCCGACACCCAUCGCCACCACCACUACGGUAACCCCAACACCCACUGGCACACAGACCCCAACCCCGACACCCAUCACCACCACCACUACGGUGACCCCAACCCCAACACCCACCGGCACACAGACCCCAACCACGACCCCCAUCACCACCACCACUACGGUGACCCCAACCCCAACACCCACCGGCACACAGACGCCAACCCCGACACCCAUCACCACCACCACUACGGUAACCCCAACACCCACCGGCACACAGACCCCAACCACGACACCCAUCGCCACCACCACUACGGUAACCCCAACACCCACCGGCACACAGACCCCAACCCCAACACCGAUCACCACCACCACUACGGUGACCCCAACCCCAACACCCACCGGCACACAGAGUACAACCCUGACACCCAUCACCACCACCACUACGGUAACCCCAACCCCAACACCCACCGGCACACAGAGUACAACCCCGACACCCAUCACUGCCACCAGUACGGUGACCCCAACCCCAACACCCACAGGCACACAGACGCCAACCACGACACCCAUCACCGCCACCACUACGGUGACCCCAACCCCAACACCCACCGGCACACAGAGUGCAACCCCGACACCCAUCACCACCACCACUACGGUAACCCCAACCCCAACACCCACCGGCACACAGACCCCAACCCCGACACCCAUCGCCACCACCAGUACGGUGACUCCAACCCCAACAUCCACCGCCACACAUACGCCAACCACGACACCCAUCGCCACCACCACUACGGUGACCCCAACCCCAACACCCACCAGCACACAGACCUCAACCCCGACAUCAUUCACCACCACCAGUACGGUGACCCCAACCCCAACACCCACCGGCACACAGACCCCAACCCCGACACCCAUCGCCACCACCAGUACGGUGACCCCAACCCCAACACCCACCGGCACACAUACGCCAACCACGACACCCAUCACCACCACCACUACGGUGACCCCAACCCCAACACCCACCGGCACACAGACCUCAACCCUGACAUCAUUCACCACCACCAGUACGGUGACCCCAACCCCAACACCCACCGGCACACAGACCGCAACCCCAACACCAUUCACCACCAUCACUACGGUGACCCCAACCCCAACACCCACCGGCACACAGACCCCAACCACGACACCCAUCACCACCACCACUACGGUAACCCCAACCCCAACACCCACCGGCACACAGACCCCAACCACGACACCCAUCACCACCACUACGGUGACCCCAACCCCAACACCCACCGGCACACAGACCCCAACCCCGACAUCAUUCACCACCACCAGUACGGUGACCCCAACCCCAACACCUACCGGCACACAGACCCCAACCCCGACAUCAUUCACCACCACCACUACGGUGACCCCAACCCCAACACCCACCGGCACACAGACCCCAACCCCGACACCCAUCGGCACCACCACUACGGUAAUCCCAACACCCACCGGCACACAGACCCCAACCCCGACACCCAUCGCCACCACCACUACGGUAACCCCAACACCCACUGGCACACAGACCCCAACCCCGACACCCAUCACCACCACCACUACGGUAACCCCAACCCCAACACCCACCGGCACACAGACCCCAACCACGACACCCAUCACCACCACUACGGUGACCCCCACCCCAACACCCACCGGCACACAGACCCCAACCCCGACAUCAUUCACCACCACCAGUACGGUGACCCCAACCCCAACACCUACCGGCACACAGACCCCAACCCCGACAUCAUUCACCACCACCACUACGGUGACCCCAACCCCAACACCCACCGGCACACAGAGUACAACCCUGACACCCAUCACAGCCACCAGUACGGUGACCCCAACCCCAACACCCACCGGCACACAGAGUACAACCACGACACCCAUCACCGCCACCAGUACAGUGACCCCAACCCCAACACCCACCGGCACACAGAGUACAACCACGACACCCAUCACCGCCACCAGUACAGUGACCCCAACCCCAACACCCACCGGCACACAGAGUACAACCACGACACCCAUCACCGCCACCAGUACGGUGACCCCAACCCCAACACCCACCGGCACACAGAGUACAACCACGACACCCAUCACCGCCACCAGUACGGUGACCCCAACCCCAACACCCACCGGCACACAGACCCCAACCACGACACUCAUCGCCACCACCACUACGGUAACCCCAACCCCAACACCCACCGGCACACAGACCCCAACCCCAACACCCAUCACCACCACCAGUACGGUGACCCCAACCCCAACACCCACCGGCACACAGACCCCAACCCCGACACCCAUCACCGCCACCAGUACGGUGACCCCAACCCCAACACCCACCACUACAAGCACGGAGGCCCCCACCCCCAUAAGCACAACACCCAUUCCUCAGUCAUCCACAUCCAAACCUCCGCCUGGGUCCUCAACCCCUCCGACCUCUCGGUCCACCUCUUCCCCUCCCAUGGAGUCAACCACCCUUCUGACUACCCUACCACCUGCCAUUGAGACAACCAGCACGGCCCCACCCUCCACACCCACGGCACCCACGACCACGAGAGGAGGCCACACACUGUCUCCACCGCCCAGCACCACCACGUCCCCUCCAGGCACCCCCACUCACGGUACCACGACCGGGUCAUCUUCAGCCCCCACCCCCAGCACUGUGCAGACAACCACCACCAGCGCCUGGACCCCCACGCCGACCCGACUCAGCAUCAUCACGACCACAGGCCUGAGGACCAACCCCGCCACUGUGCUUACCUGCUGUGUCCUGAACGACACCUACUACGCACCAGGUGAGGAGGUGUACAACGGCACAUACGGAGACACCUGUUAUUUCGUCAACUGCUCACUGAGCUGUACCUUGGAGUUCUAUAACUGGUCCUGCCCGUCCACGCCUUCCCCAUCGCCCACGCCCUCCAAGCCAUCGCCCACGCCCUCCAAGUCAACGCCCACGCCCUCCAAGUCAUCGCCCACGCCCUCCAAGCCAUCGCCCCCGCUCUCCAAGCCGACGCCCAGCACCAAGCCCCCCGAGUGCCCAGACUUUGAUCCUCCCAGACAGGAGAACGAGACUUGGUGGCUGUGCGACUGCUUCAUGGCCACGUGCAAGUACAACAACACGGUGGAGAUUGUGAAGGUGGAGUGUGAGCCACCGCCCAUGCCCACCUGCUCCAACGGCCUCAAACCUGUGCGCGUCAAGGACCCCGACGGCUGCUGCUGGCACUGGGAGUGCGACUGCUACUGCACGGGCUGGGGGGACCCGCACUAUGUCACCUUCGACGGACUGUACUACAGCUACCAGGGCAACUGCACCUACGUGCUGGUGGAGGAGAUCAGCCCCUCCGUGGACAACUUCGGAGUUUACAUCGACAACUACCACUGCGAUCCCAAUGACAAGGUGUCCUGCCCCCGCACCCUCAUCGUGCGCCACGAGACCCAGGAGGUGCUGAUCAAGACCGUGCAUAUGAUGCCCAUGCAGGUGCAGGUGCAGGUGAACAGGCAGGCAGUGGCACUGCCCUACAAGAAGUACGGGCUGGAGGUGUACCAGUCUGGCAUCAACUACGUGGUGGACGUCCCCGAGCUGGGCGUCCUCGUCUCCUACAACGGCCUGUCCUUCUCCGUCAGGCUGCCCUACCACCGGUUCGGCAACAACACCAAGGGCCAGUGUGGCACGUGCACCAACACCACCUCCGACGACUGCAUUCUGCCCAGCGGGGAGAUUGUCUCCAACUGUGAGGCUGCGGCCGACCAGUGGCUGGUGAACGAUCCCUCCAAGCCACACUGCCCCCACAGCAUCUCCACGACCAAGAGCCCGGCCAUCACCGUGCCCGGGGGCGGCAAAACGACCCCACACAAGGACUGCACCCCAUCUCCCCUCUGCCAGCUCAUCAAAGACAGCCUGUUUGCCCAGUGCCACGCACUGGUGCCCCCGCAGCACUACUACGAUGCCUGCGUGUUCGACAGCUGCUUCAUGCCGGGCUCGAGCCUGGAGUGUGCCAGUCUGCAGGCCUACGCAGCCCUCUGCGCCCAGCAGAACAUCUGCCUCGACUGGCGGAACCACACGCAUGGGGCCUGCUUGGUGGAGUGUCCAUCUCACAGGGAGUACCAGGCCUGUGGCCCCGCAGAAGAGCCCACGUGCAAAUCCAGCUCCUCCCAGCAGAACAACACAGUCCUGGUGGAAGGCUGCUUCUGUCCUGAGGGCACCAUGAACUACGCCCCUGGCUUUGAUGUCUGCGUGAAGACCUGCGGCUGUGUGGGACCUGACAAUGUGCCCAGAGAGUUUGGGGAGCACUUUGAGUUCGACUGCAAGAACUGUGUCUGCCUGGAGGGUGGAAGUGGCAUCAUCUGUCAGUCCAAGAGGUGCAGCCAGAAUCCUGUUACCCACUGCGUGGAAGACGGCACCUACCUCGCCACGGAGGUCAACCCUGCCGACACCUGUUGCAACAUUACCGUCUGCAAGUGCAACGCCAGCCUGUGCAAAGAGAAGCCCCCCGUGUGCCCGCUGGGAUUCGAAGUGAAGAGCAAGAUGGUGCCUGGAAGGUGCUGUCCCUUCUACUGGUGUGAGUCCAAGGGGGUGUGCGUUCACGGGAAUGCUGAGUACCAGCCCGGUUCUCCAGUUUAUUCCUCCAAGUGCCAGGACUGCGUGUGCACGGACAAGGUGGACAACAGCACCCUGCUCAACGUCAUCGCCUGCACGCACGUGCCCUGCAACACCUCCUGCAGCCCUGGCUUCGAACUCGUGGAGGCCCCCGGGGAGUGCUGUAAGAAGUGUGAACAGACGCACUGUAUCAUCAAACGGCCCGACAACCAGCACGUCAUCCUGAAGCCCGGGGACUUCAAGAGCGACCCGAAGAACAACUGCACAUUCUUCAGCUGCGUGAAGAUCCAUAACCAGCUCAUCUCGUCCAUCUCCAACAUCACCUGCCCCAACUUCGAUGCCAGCAUUUGCAUCCCGGGCUCCAUCACACUCAUGCCCAAUGGAUGCUGCAAGACCUGCACCCCUCGCAAUGAGACCAGGGUGCCCUGCUCCACUGUCCCCGUCGCCACGGAGGUUUCGUACGCCGGCUGCACCAAGACUGUCCUCAUGAAUCAUUGCUCUGGGUCCUGCGGGACAUUUGUCCUAUACUCGGCCAAGGCCCAGGCCCUGGACCACAGCUGCUCCUGCUGCAAAGAGGAGAAAACCAGCCAGCGCGAGGUGGUCCUGAGCUGCCCCAAUGGCGGCUCGCUGACACACACCUACACCCACAUCGAGAGCUGCCAGUGCCAGGACACCGUCUGCGGGCUCCCCACCGGCACCUCCCGCCGGGCCCGGCGCUCCCCCAGGCAUCUGGGGAGCGGGUGAGCGGGGUGGGCACAGCCCCCUUCACUGCCCUCCACAGCUUUGCCUCCCCCGGACCCUCUGAGCCUCCUAAGCUCGGCUUCCUCUUUUCAGAUAUUUAUUGUCUGAGUCUUUGUUCAAUCCUUGCUUUCCAAUAAUAAACUCAGGGAGACAUGC